UAUUGUGCAUAUUUUUAGGAAACAUAUCUUGUGAAAAGAUAUGAUAGAAUAUGUUAGGUUAUUAUUCUCCUAGCAUUAUAUAUACUUGUAUGAUGAUCAUUGUUAUGAAUGAGAAAACACAGUGAUAAUUUUGAUGAAUUGUGACUAAUUUAACAUGGUAUCAAGAGCCUAGUUAAGAUCAAAAUUAAUUUGUCUUCGUUUGUCCGAUUUACAUAAUUGGUAAACGUUUACUGUGAGUUUGUGAGACGAUUUUUUUUUCUCAUUCCUUAUUCCGUUGUAACUGAUGACUGGUGGUGACGGCUCCGGUGGAGGAAAACCAAAAAUUGACAUGACUUAUCAUCUUGGCUCAAGUGAUGGACCUGGAAAUAUAAUUACUCCGAUUCAGCUUCGGGGUGAGAACUAUGAUGAGUGGGCGAGGGCUAUACGUACCUCGUUGAAGGCCAAUCGGAAGUAUGGCUUUAUUGAUGGCUCAGUUAACAAACCGGCAGAUGAAGACAAGUUGAAGAUUGGGCAGCCAUUCAUUCAAUGUUGGUUGCCUGGAUUUCGAACACUUUAGACUCCUCGGUGAGGGCUACAAUUGGUGAGUAUGAUGAUGCUCAACUAUUGUGGAAUAAUCGGAAGAAUCGCUUUUGUGUGGUGAGCGGUACCCGAAUAUGCCAAUUGAAAUUUUCCUUGGGAGAGUGUAAGCAAGGCAAGACUGAUUCGAUUGCCGUUUAUUUUGGCAGAAUAGCAAAAAUAUGGGAUGAAUUGCACACCUAUCUUACGGUUUCCUCGUGCUCUUGUGGAGCGUGUAAGUGCAACAUUGUUGCACAGGUGAAAAGAUUGCGGCAAGAAGACAUCGUCCAUCACUUCUUGAUUGGCUUGGAUGAUGCUUAUGCUUCUCUUAGGGGUCAAUUACUGGCUCAAGACCCUAUUCCGACUGUAGACAAGGCGUAUCAACAGCUAAUUCAAGCUGAACGCUUGCGAGGAGGUGAUACUGCUAUUUUGUCCUCACGUGAGAAUGCUAUGGCAUUCAAGGUGCAGCAUGAUUCUUCAUCCAAACCGAGUCGAGGAAGUGAAAAUUCAGACAAAUUGUGCAUUUAUUGUAAUCGGCAAGGUCAUGACGAAUCAGAUUGUUAUCAACUUAAUGGGUACCCACCCUGGUGGGGUGAUCGGACUCGGGGCGGCAGAGGCCGAGGUCGUGGUGAUUCGGGCACAAACAAAGGAGGACGUGGAGGUCGUGGUGGGGGUCGAGGCAACUCCGCAACUGCUGCCCCUGUGCGUGCUAAUAAAACAGGGGGGCAAGCUGCCUCUUCUGCUUCUUCAAGUGCUACGGCAGCAGAUGGGGCUGCCCUUUCGGGAGUCACUUCGGCUCAAAUCCAGCAGAUCAUUGAGCACUUAGCAAACAUGAAACCGAAACUUCAGGGACCUAACGACGAGGAAGGUGAUUGGAGCGGGUGAACGAGUAGAUGGACUAUAUUAUUUUCGAGGUGUUCCGGGAGUGAAGGCUUUGAAGAUAGACAGUGAUCGUUCGACGGAGUUGUGGCAUCAACGAUUGGGGCACCCUUCGUGAAAAGUUCUACAAUCCCUUCCAUUUGUGAGUAUUUCUAGUAGUAGUCUCAAAAAUAAAUCAUGUGAUGUAUGCCCUCGGGCAAAACAACAUAGGAGUAGUUUUCCUAAUAGCAACAAUAGGGCCAGUCGUAUGUUUGAACUUAUUCAUGUUGAUCUAUGGGGACCUUACAAGGUUGCUUCGACUUGUGGUUCCCAUUAUUUCUUGACUAUAGUAGAUGAUUUUUCAAGAGGAGUAUGGACGUAUUUAUUGCGUAAUAAAACUGAAUUUGAA